CCGUGGAGGGGAGUAUGAAGAGCUGGCCACACCUGGAAGUGCUCAGGACUUACUCCUCCUGGCUCGUUCUGAGGGAUCACUCCAAGUAGUGCUCGGGACCCUAUGGGGUGCCAGGGAUAGAAGGACUUUCUCCAAUGGGAGUUACUGCUGCUAUUCAGGAAUAAUCCAAGCUGGAGAAAAUGGAGAAGCCAUACCAUCUGACAUCCUGUACCCAGGACAUGGUGACUUUCCCUGACGUGGCUGUGAGCUUCUCCCCAGAGGAGUGGCCAUGCCUGGAUGCCUCUCAGAGGAAUCUCUACAGAGAGGUGAUGCUGGAGACCUAUGAGCACCUGCGAGCAGUAGGGUAUUAUGGGGAAAAGCCUGUGCUGAUCUCCUGGUUGGAAGCAGAAGACCGAGGGAGGCUGCAGAGAGGCAUGUAUGCAGCAGAAACACCAUCAGGAAUCCAUCCAUGUCCCUUCUGCUCUCUGGCCUUCUCCAUUCAGAACUUCCUCAAUCAUCACAUAAAACGUAGUCAUCCCUCUCGGACCUUCCCAGGAACAUCUGCAAGAAAGCAUCCUCAAACCGAGAAUUCCUGUCCACAUGAUCAAAACCAAAGGCAGCAACCUUCUUUUCCAUAUAAUGACAAGCCAAUGAAUGCCAUACUUGAAAGAAAAACACCCAAAGAAAGCUCCAUACCAUUGGCUAAGAAGAUAAAGCAUAGAAGAAUUUCAACAGUCUUUUCUAGACUAUUUUGCAGUCAAAUAGGGAACUCUAAUAAGCAUGAAAUGCCACUGGAGGAAGAAACUAACACAGGGCAAAAAGAAAACCCAAUGGACACAGGAGGAGUAGUUGCAAGCAUAGGAAUCCCAAGAACUUUAAGAGACAAGUAUGUAAAUAUUGAUCAAGGAUUCAAUGAUAGAUCAAAUCUCAUCACACACCACAGGAUACACACAGGGGAGAAGCCCCAUGUUUGUAGGGAAUGUGGGCGAGACUUCAGUGUAAGGUCAAAUCUCAUCAGACACCAGAGGACACACACAGGAGAGAAGCCCCAUGUUUGCCAGGAAUGUGGUCGAGGCUUCAGUCAUAGAUCAAGUUUCAUCAAACACCAGAUGACACACACCGGGGAGAAGCCCCAUGUUUGCAGGGAUUGUGGCCGACAAUUUAGUCAUAGGGUAAGUUUCAUCACACACCAGAGGACACACACACGGGAAAAGCCCUAUGCUUGCAAUGAGUGUGGGCAAGGCUUCAGUCAGAGGUCACAUCUGAUCAGACACAGGAGGACACACACAGGGGAGAAGCCCCAUAUUUGCAGGGAAUGUGGACGAGGCUUCAGUAAUAGGUCUAGCCUUCUCAUACACCAGAGGACGCACACAGGGGAGAAGCCCUAUGUGUGCCAGGAAUGUGGGCGAGGCUUUAGUGAGAGGUCAAGUUUCAUCACACAUCAGAAUAUACACACAGGGGAGAAGCCCCAUGUUUGCAGGGAAUGUGGACGAGGCUUCAGUAAUAGGUCAAGUCUCAUCACACACCAGAGGACACACACAGGAGAGAAGCCCCAUGUUUGCAGGGAGUGUGGCCGACAAUUCAGUCAUAGGUCAAGUCUCAUCAGACACCAGAGGACACAUACCGGGGAGAAGCCCCAUGUUUGUAGGGACUGUGGCCGACGCUUCAGUGAUAGAUCUAUUCUCAUUGCACACCAGAGGACACACACAGGGGAGAAGCCUUAUGUUUGCAGGGAGUGUGGGCGAGGCUUCAGUGUGAGGUCAAGUCUCAUCACACACUGGAAUAUACACACAGGAGAGAAGCCCCAUGUUUGCAGGGAUUGUGGGCGAGGCUUCAGAAUAAGGUCACACCUCUUCAGACAUCAGAGGAUACACACAGGAGAGAAGCCCUAUGUUUGUAGAAACUGUGGGCGAGGCUUUAGUCAGAUGUCAAAUCUCCUCACACAUAGGAAGACACACACCAAUGAGAAGCCCUUUGUUUGCAGGGAGUGUGGGAGAAACUUCAGUGCAAAGUCAAGUCUCAUCACACACCAGAGGACACACACAGGGGAGAAACCCCACGAUUGUGGGAAGUGUGGGCGGCGCUUCAGUCUGAGGUCAAGUCUCAUCACACACCAGAGGACACACACAGGAGAGAAGCCCUAUGUUUGCAGGAAGUGUGGGCAAGGCUUUAGUCAGAAGUUUGGUCUCAUCACACACCAGAGGACACACACAGGGGAGAAGCCCUAUGUUUGCAGGGAGUGUGGACGAGGCUUCUGUGACAGGUCACAUCUCACCACUCACCAGAGGACACACACAGGGGAGAAACCCUAUGUUUGCAGGGAGUGUGGGCGAGGCUUCAGUCUGAAGUCACAUCUCAUUGCACAUCAGACGACACACACAGGGGAGAAGCCUUACAUUUGCAAGGAGUGUGGGCGAGGCUUCAGUCAGAGAUCACAUCUCAUCACACACCGGAGGACACACACAGGAGAGAAGCCCUAUGCUUGCAGAGAGUGUGGGCGAGGGUUCAGUCGAAGGUCACAUCUCAGAACACACCAAAGCACACACACAGGGGAGAAGCCCCAUGUUUGCAGGGAGUGUGGGAGAGCCUUUAGUGUGAAAUCAAGUCUCCUCACACACCAGAGGACACACACGCGGGAGAAGCCCCAUGUUUGCAGGGAGUGUGGGAGAGCCUUCAGUGUGAAGUCGAGUCUCCUCACGCACCAGAGAACACACACAGGAGAGAAACCCUAUGUUUGCAGAGAGUGUGGACGAGGCUUCAGUCAGAGGUCACAUAUCAUCGCACACCUGAGGAUACACACAGGGGAGAAGCCCCAUGUUUGCAGGGAAUGUGGGCAAGGCUUCACUCAGAAAUCAAGUCUCAUCGCACACCAGAGGACACACACAGCAGAGAGGCCCCAUGUUUGCAGGGAGUGUGGGAGAGCAUUCAGCGUGAAGUCGAGUCUUAUCACACACCAGAGGACACACACAGGAGAGAAGCCAUAUGCUUGCAGAGUGUGUGGGCGAGGCUUCAGUCAGAGUUCCCAUCUCAUCACACACCAGAGGAUACACACUGGGGAGAAGCCCCAUGUUUGCAGGGAGUGUGGGCAAGGCUUCACUCAGAAGUCAAAUCUCGUCACACACCAGAGGACACACACAGCAGAGAGGCCCCAUGUUUGCAGGGAGUGUGGACGAGGCUUCAGUCAGAGAUCAAUUCUCUUCAAACACCAUAAGACACAUACAGGUUAGACACCCUCUGUUUGAGUCAGGUGACAAAUGAGGACUAAGUAAUGUCUCAGCAUUCAUACAUAUCAAAUGCAGAUACCAAAAACUGCAUGAUCCACCUGAUUAGUUGGUCUG